AGCGCACCUACGUCUUCUUCACCGUCGUCAACCUCAAUUACUCCUAACCAACCGCCAAAAUGGAGAACGAGAAGGGAGAGAUCGUCGAUCUGUACGUGAAUAUUAAUUUCCUUCGCUGUUUGCGCUUGACUGGUUCUACGGUGGUCCGGGAGCCGAGAAUGACUUUGCGACUUGGGGCAAUGCACAAGAGGAGUAGAUGACAACCUGGGGCGAGCUUUCAGCGUUCAACAGGCGCUGUUGCAGGAUAGUCCUUUUUGUCGCAGAGUCCUUCCCGGCUUCCGGAAACCAGCAGGGGACAGGAGAGAAUCUUGAACCACGAGCAUUGAAUCUUGCAAAACGCACACGACUAACCUUUCUCUCUCUUUCUUACAGCUACGUCCCCCGCAAGUGCAGCGCCACCAACCGCAUCAUCAAGGCCAACGACCACGCCUCCGUCCAGAUCUCCAUCGGCAAGGUUGACGAGAACGGUCGCUACACCGGCGAGAACCAGAGCUACGCCCUCUGCGGUUUCAUCCGUGCCCGUGGCGAGAGCGAUGACUCCCUGAACCGUCUCUGCCAGCGCGAUGGCUACGUCCGCAACGUCUGGUCCGCCAGCCGCCAGCGGUAAACGCGAGAUUUGACCUUUUCUGGUGUUUGCGGUGCCUGACGGGUUGCUUGGAUG